AAUCUACAUUACGGUACAACAUGGGCGCUGCAUCCAUGAGCUGCCAGUGAAGCUUGUUGGGAUAACUCUGUGUUUCUCUGGUCUGUGUUACACCAGCAAUCACAAUGAUAACUCCAGCGUUUGACCUGAGCCAAGAUCCAGAGUACCUGAUCCUCAGCAUCCGUGUGCCCUACACCAGAACAUCAGAGUUCGACCUGUUUAUUGAGGGCACAGAUUUCAAGUUCUACGCCAAGCCCUACUUUCUCAGAUUAUCUCUUCCUGGACGAGUAGUGGAGGAUGGGAGAGAAAAGGCCAAAUUUGACAUUGAUAAAGGUCUGUUCACUGUCUGGGUCCCUAAGGAGACGACAGGAGAACACUUUGAAGGACUUCAGAUGCUGACCAGCCUGCUUGCUCCUAAAGGCGCCCGCUCAGCAAAACCUCUGAUAGAGGACGUGAGCACAGGAUGCAGUGAAGGCGCUGGAGAAGCUGAUGAGGAGGAAGACGAGGAAGACUUUGACUGGCAGGUGGAGCAGGAGGUGUAUAAGGAGAAAUCUGAGGAGGAGCUGGGGGCCCUGCAGCAGUAUGGCUUCGGGAAUCAGAGGUCUGGAGUGUUUGCACGAUUACAGGAGGAGCUGACCGACGUGAUUGAUGUCAAGAACCCAGAAGGAGCGACGGCAGCAGAGAGGAGGCGGGGACGGCAGGAUGUAGAGGCGUCUGAUUUUUCUCCUGACCAUUACCUGGCCGAUUUGUUUGAGGAUGAGGAGAUCAAAAGGCUGCUGAAGUUCAGUCCAUGGUGGGCAAAGCUGAGUCCUUCUACAGAGCAGGAGAAGGAGGCUGCUGUGUCAUUCACCGACGGCGAGAAGGAGCAGCUGAGGAAAUUCACAAACCGCUCCUACCUGCUGGACAAGACGUCCCGCAACCAAGUGUGGCUGAGCCUCGUGGACAUCCUGCUGGCUUAUUCCUAUGAAGUGCGCUCUACAGAGGGAGAGCACAAUGUAGAGUCACCGUGGACGAUCAGAAAACUCAGCGGGACUCUCUGCUGGCUGGAGACAUACAGCUCCCUGCAGGAUGUCCUGGUGUCGUUCGGACGGAGGGUGCUGUGCUACCCGCUCUACAGACACUUUUCCAUGGUGUCUGCGGCCGUUCGGGACACGACUAAGAUACUGCUGGCAGGGAAAGCCGGUGUCCUCAAAUGCCUGCUAGAUAUUCACAAAGUGUUCCGAGAGAACGACCCGGCCUACAUCCUGAACGAUCUGUACGUCACAGACUACUGCACCUGGAUCCAGAGGGUCAAGUCCAAGAAGAUGUCAGCGUUGGCCGCGACGUUGCAAAAAGCCUCCCUGCAGAAAAAAGACUUGGAGCUGGAACUGGAGGAGCUGGAGGAGGCGGCGAAGAUGGUGGCAGAGGAAGAAUCCCACAGUGACAGCAGCAGCUCGUCCAGUGACAGCAGCAGUAGCAGCAGCAGCAGCAGCAGUAGCGACUCCUCGGAUGAGAGCGAGGAAUCUGAGGCUGAGGGAGGAGGAGGGGGAGGAGGAGGAGAGAUGUCUAAGGACAACCCUCCACAGUCCCAACACAUCCCAGCUGCCACUCCCCUCCCCCAACACAGCACACUCCUCUCAGCGGAGGAUAAGGUGAACGCCCUCCCCUCAGCCUCAGAAGGAUCCAGACAGCUGAUCCAGGAGCUGGGGGAACGGGUGACAGAGGAGCUGAAAAUCUCGGAAGACUCUACAGCGUGUUCACGGGCGAACGGCAACGGCGCAACGAAACCAGAAGCAACAUCUGCGAGGAGCAUCAGCGGGAUUUUGUUAGAGCCGAGUCCUCGCAGAAACCCUCUGCUCAUCGUCCAGACUCAGGAGGAUCUGAAGUGACUUCCUCAUGGCUCACCUGAGAGACACUUUUUGAACUGAUGGCUUAUUGUAAGGGAUGUAAGAAUGUGCGAUCUUAUUUCUAUAUUAUCUUUGGAGCUCGUUAAGAGGACCUUAAUGUCUACAAUGAAUAGAUUUCUCUUGAGUUUUUGAGCUUGCUAAUCCUCCAUUAAAAUCCUUUUUUCAUAAUGAUAUAUUUUUUUUAAUGAGCAAGUAGGCUUUGAGUUCUCAUUUCAUUAAAGGAUAGUAAAGGAAUUAGAGGCAGUCUUCUUUUUUUCCUCUGUUUUGCCAUGUGGAAAUCUGCAAUUAGUGACAGAAAGAAACACUUAUUUUGGUCUUUAAAGUCAUUGCUCAUGUUAAAAAAAGGACUUUCAAAGCUGUUUUCAGCCUCUUUAAAUAUGAACAUUUCCCGCUUUCCUGUUUUAUAUCAUAAGAAAGUGAAUAUUUCUGGAUUUUGGACUGACCAAACAAGACAUUCGAAGAACUGCCUUUGCACACGGACAACUUGGGAUGGACAUUUUUCACUAUUUUCUGAUUCUAUACAUCGAACACAAAUCAAUAAUAGAAAUAAUAGCAAGUUGCAACCUUAACCUUGUGUUAUGUAACACUCUUGCUACUGCUGGCCUAUAUCUAAGCCACCUACAUGCUGUACAAAUGUAUUUACUCAAAGGAAUUAUCUCUGUUUAAUUAUGUUAAGUAAUUCAACAGAGAUUGUGAACUAGACAUCUGCUACAAGUGUAGAACUUCUGCUACAAAUGUACAUUUCCAUACUCGUAUCAACAAAAUGCAGUCCAUCUAUAUUUGCCUCCAAUAAACCAAACACAAAUAUCCUUC